AUGAAUGCCCCUCCAAAAGACAAGCUGCUGGAACUACGGCCAGAUACAUUUGAAACAAUUCGAAAAAUAUACAAUUUCCACGAGCCGGGACGUAUGAAGGAGGCUGUAAAAAUAUUGGAUGACUGGGUGAAAAAACAAACUCAUUUCAGAAAGAAAAAUUUUAAUGCGGUGUAUUUGGAGACGACAAUCAUAGCAUGCAAGGGGUCUCUGGAACGAUCUAAGACGCAAUUAGACAAGAUAUGCACCUACAGAACUCUAUUGCCAGAUUUUUUUGGAAAGUUUAAUGUGAAGAAAGAUGUAGGAAAUUUAUACGAAAUCGUGAUACCUGUCAUGUUACCAAAGUUAACGCCAGACCACUAUCGUGUGUUUCUGAUUAAAAUAAACGAUCAUCCCUUCGAAUCGUCACAAUUUAUUGAUUAUUACAAAUAUGGAGUUGUUGCUGGUGAUUAUUUAAAAUUACACGAUUACCCGAAUGGAUUCUUGGUAAUUGCAGACUUUAGAGGCUUAAAUAUAAUGGACUUCGUAACAAAAUUAAAUCCCAUCGAAAUUAGACAAGCAUUGGCUAUAUAUAUGGAAGGAUACGGAAUGCGAUUAAAAGGUAUUCAUAUUUUAACGGCUUCUAAGUUUGUGGAUGCUUUAGUCUCUAUACUGAAACAAGUGCUCAGUGAAAAACUUUCCAAGCGAAUUGUUGUACAUAAAUCUGUUGAAUCACUUUAUGACGUAACACCUAAAGAAAUUUUGCCAAUUGAAUACGGAGGAGAAGAAAGAAGCAUAAAUAAAAUACUUGAGACAUGGCUUGAACUUCUUAGUUCUAAAGAGCAUCUCGAUUACUUAGAGGAGAUAAGUAAAGCUACAACGGACGAGGCAUGUAGACAAUUGGAUAAAUUUAAUGAAAACUAUAUCGGUAUGCCAGGCACUUUUAGAGUACUUAAUGUAGAUUAA